UGCCCGUGAUGCGACGCCUCUGAAGAAUUCUCCUCGACACGGCCAAAAAAACCAAACCGCACCCACCAAUCUCCCUCCUCCUCCACCCCACCCAGUACGGCACCGCACCACCACCGCCGACGCGGCCGCGCCUCUCUUUCCCAGACUUCUUGUUCGAGACCCCCCUAGCAGCGCCCGACGGAGGAGGCUUCGGGGGCGGGCGCGGGCAUGAAGCCCCGCGAGCUGCUGGAGCGGAUCGCGCGGCCGUUCUCCCGGCGGGGAGGAGGGGAGCGGCGGCGGAGGGAGGAGGAGGAGGCCGACCUGGAGGCGAUCGCCGCGAGGGAGCAGCGGGCGUUCCGGUACGAGGCGCUCGCGGCGGCCACGCGCGGGUUCUCCGAGAAGCAGAAGCUCGGGCAGGGCGGGUUCGGCCCCGUCUACCGCGGCCGCCUCGACGACGGCCGCGAGGUCGCCGUGAAGCGUCUCGGCGCCGGGUCGCGGCAGGGCGCCCGGGAGUUCAAGAACGAGGCCACCCUCCUCUCCCGCGUCCAGCACCGCAACGUCGUCAACCUCAUCGGGUACUGCGCCCACGGCUCCGACGACAAGCUCCUCGUCUACGAGUACGUCCCCAACGAGAGCCUCGACAAGAUCCUCUUCUCCUCCUCCUCCAGGCGGCGGCGGCGAGACGAGCUGACGUGGGCGCGGCGGCACGAGGUGGUGGUGGGCGUGGCGCGCGGGCUGCUGUACCUGCACGAGGACGCGCACACGCCCAUCAUCCACCGCGACAUCAAGGCCAGCAACAUCCUCCUCGACGACCGGUGGGUGCCCAAGAUCGCCGACUUCGGCAUGGCCCGCCUCUUCCCGGAGGCCGGCGACGGCCGCUCCCACGUCCAGACCCGCGUCGCCGGCACCAACGGCUACAUGGCGCCCGAGUACCUCAUGCACGGCGCGCUCUCCGCCAAGGCCGACGUCUUCAGCUUCGGCGUCGUCGUCCUCGAGAUCGUCUCCGGCCAGAAGAACUCCAGCUUCGUCCCCCCCUCCGACUCCGACGCCGACAACCUCCUCGAUCACGCCUGGAGGCUGUACAAGAAGGGGCGGACGCUGGAGCUGCUCGACCCGGCGGUGAAGUCGACGGCGGUGGCGGAGCAGGUGGAGCUGCUGGUCCGCAUCGGGCUGCUCUGCGUGCAGGCGGACCCGCGGGCGCGGCCGGACAUGAAGCGGGUGGUGAUCAUCCUGUCCAAGAAGCAGAGCACGCUGGAGGAGCCGACGCGGCCCGGGGUGCCCGGGGCGCGGUACCGUCGGAGGUCGUACGGCACGCGCGUCGGCGGCGGCUCGCACUACUCCGUCGGCUCCACGUCCGGGACCUGCAGCUCGCCGUCGACGUCCACGGCGUCGCACGCGACCACGUCGGCGGCAUCCAACGCGAUGACGACGACGACGUCGAGCACCACCACCACGCACACCAUGCGGAGCCAGGGGCUCCCCUUGCACCAGGAGGACAAGAAAGAGUAGUCGCGCCUCAAGAAUGGAGCGGAAUUGUACAUUUGUUCAUUGUUUUUUUUUCCUCUCUCCCUCUUGAUUUCUUCCGUGUUUGUUUCAAGAUU